UUCGACGACGUCUCUCGGUCUCUUCGACUCUCGAUUCGAACGCACACUCACACACACACUCACACACACACGGCUGGUCGGUCGCGAAUUCUACGUUUUGGGACGUUAUGUCACAUUUAUAUAUAGUCGGCUAAUUUUAGAGGCGGACUUCUGCGUGUUUUUGUUGUAUUGCAGUGUUCUAGUGUUCUGUGGAUGUUGUGGUGGUUUUUUUCUUGUUUUGGUUUCCGACGCCAAGAGCAACUGGAUUGAGAUCAGCUAAGAAUCAACCCCAACCAAACGUCCCCAUACGAUCCGGUGUCGCAUCUCCAUUUGCGUCGCGAUGACGGUGAAAUAACUGCGACGCCCCACGAUUGGUCCGCGCGACGGUUCCCGGAAAUGUUGUCCGCCGGUUUGGGAUUCGGCUGCGUGGCCACCGCCACCGGCGUGCCGGUCGGCGGCGGCGGCACCGCCACGCCCCCCUACAGCCCGCCGCCCCCGGCCCGUCACAGUCCCCUGCCCAGCUUCGGGUUCACGCAGGAACAGGUCGCCUGCGUCUGCGAGGUCUUGCAACAAGCAGGAAACGUGGAAAGACUGGGCAGAUUCCUCUGGUCAUUGCCGGCAUGUGAUAAGCUCCACAACAACGAAUCCGUACUGAAGGCGAAGGCAAUUGUGGCCUUCCACAGGGGCAACUUCAAGGAACUGUACAGGAUAUUAGAAAGUCACCAGUUCAGCCCCCACAACCACGCCAAGCUUCAAGCACUUUGGCUCAAAGCCCAUUACAUAGAAGCCGAAAGGCUAAGAGGAAGGCCCCUGGGAGCCGUGGGGAAGUACAGGGUGAGACGAAAAUUCCCCCUGCCAAGAACAAUCUGGGACGGCGAAGAGACGAGCUACUGUUUCAAGGAGAAGUCGAGGAGCGUGUUAAGAGACUGGUACCAACACAACCCCUACCCGAGUCCGAGGGAGAAGCGGGAGCUGGCCGAAGCCACCGGCCUGACCACCACCCAAGUCUCCAACUGGUUCAAGAACCGGCGACAGAGAGACAGGGCGGCCGAACACAAAGACGGUGGCCAGAACAGCUCGGACAAGCCGCACCUGUCGAGCGGCUCGGACAGCGAGUCGGAGGGCCCGAAGAUACCGGCGUACACGCCGGCGGGGAUGGUGCCCCAGCUCAACGCCUACCCCACCCUGUCGGCGCCCGGGCUCACGCAGCCCCUCUACCAGGGCUCCGGGGGCAUUUUGCACGACUACCAGACGUUGUGACAAUGGUUGUCGAUGCCUCAGGACGCCACGAACAAUCUGUAAAAUUGUCGAUGAAUUCUAGUGAUAUGUGAGGUGCGAGCGGCGGAAUUGAUACCGGGGGGUGGGUGACGAUUUGUCGGGCAUGUCCGACGAAACAGAAACCGCUCGUACACUCCAAAGUGAGCAUAACUAUUGUAUAUGAUAAUGAAUGUACUUAAUACUUGUAAUAUUUUGUUGAUAUCUCAAUGUAUAUGUAAAUAUGUUAUAUUUUAUUUGAAAAAAAUGACAAUUGUACAUUGUAAUUUCUCUUAGGUUUCUUGUUACUGAAGACCGAAGAUCAAACAUCCACAAGACAACUCAAGCAAAGAGACUGGUGGAUGUUUGAUCUUCCGUCUGUUAUUUUAUAAACUAAAAUCAAUGAAUUUAUAAAAUGAGUUUGUAAAUAUUAACCGCUAUUUAUACAUAAUUUUAAUUAUAUUGUUUUUAUUUUUAAACGCUUUGUUUUUAUUAUUACGAGUUUUAACCGAGUAAACUCAUGGAUCAAAAAGGAAAUAAUUUAUUAUUGUUUUUGUAACGGUUUCAGAAACACACACACAUACACACACACACUAUCUCGUUUUUAAUGGAACAUAUGUUUACAGUGUGUAAUAUAUUAUUGCACAACUUAAUAAGCAAUAAAAAAUUUAAAUGCUUUAAAUACAAUUUAAAAGGGUUCGGCUUGUGUAAACGGGCCGAACGACAUGCAUUUGGUUUUAUGCCAAAAACACUACGUAUCCGAACUAUAAGCACACGAUAUGUUUUAAAAAACUAUUAAAACUAUAUGUAAUAUGAAAUGUUUUUGUUGCAAUAAAAUUUAUGUAAAACUGUAA